AUGCCCCACCAACCCCCUGUCCCUGGCCAAUUCGAGCAAGACCCCCGCGUCUCGUUCGACAAGACCACGCAGAAAUGGCAAUACGAGGACGAAGGUCUCGAGUUUGAGUGGAAUGGGAAGGUCUGGGUGUCCAUCGUGGAUGAAGAGCUUUUGAAGGCGCAGCAGGCAGCUUAUUCCGUGCCCGGCGUGGACGAGUCCACACCCGCAAAUGCAGUAUUAGCUAGGGAAGAGCGACGUAAUCUUAAACGCAAAAAGAACGAGAAAGACUAUACCUCCAAUACGCUCAACAAGCCCGCCGAGCCGGCUAAAUCUGCCUCUCGAGGCAACUCGAACGGCGGGGAAUCCUCGAAAGCUGCUGCGCCUCCACCAGCCCAGAAGAAGACGGGUGUUUGGGUGACCAACCUUCCGCCAAACACCACUGUGGAAAAGAUGGCGAAUGUGUUCAACAAGGCUGGCGUCCUGCUUAUCGAUGAUGAAGGGAACCCGAAGAUCAAGAUGUACUAUGACAAUGAUGGCGUCUUCAAAGGUGAAGCUCUCGUCACGUAUUUUAAGGAAGGCAGUGUCGAUCUUGCUAUUACGCUGCUAGAUGAUACAGAGCUCGAGCUGGGAGCAGGUUACCCGGCUAUGAGGGUGGGGACUGCAGAGUAUCAGAAAGACACCAGUGGGAAAGAAAAGGGAAAGGAGGGAGGAGAGAAGAAGGAAAAGAAGGAAGGAGAACUUCAAGAGAAGAAACGUCUGACAGCGGAGGAGAAGCAGCGGAUAACGAAACGCAUCAAGACGAUGCAAAAUAAAGUCGCCUGGCACUCGGACGACGAAUCCGACCAAGAAGACUCUGGUCCCUCUGGCGCCCCCUCUCAAGCUACCAACACCCGCUUCCUCCGUGUCGUCGUCCUCAAAGGCAUGUUUGUCCCAGAGGAGUUGGACAAGGACCCUGGGCUAUUGUUGGAGUUGAAAGAGGAGGUUAGGGAAGAGGCGGAAACGCUGGGGCAAGUCACGUCGGUGCAGCUUUACGACAAAGAGGAAGAUGGGGUGAUGACAAUCAAGUUCAAAGAUCCCAUCUCGGCGCAGGCUUGCAUCAACAAGAUGAACAACCGAUAUUUCGAUGGUCGCGUCAUUUACGCAGGUCUUUACACCGGUAAGGAGAGGUUCAAGAAAUCCGGUGGCAGGUCGUAUGAAGACGAAGAUGAAGACGGUGAAGGUGAAAAGGGACGACUGGACAAUUUCGCCAAAUGGCUUGUCGAUGGGGAUGAAGAAGAGGUCAAGGUCAAAUAG